CUUGAAGGCAUCAUAAGACCGGGUGCACAUCACCACAGGCGGUGACUUCAACAGCUCCGCUAAACUUAAACAUAGACGGUUAUUGGAGCAGCCGGGGAAGUAGGGAAAAUUGAGAGCAUAUUGGUUUAUAACGGGGGAGAUUACCUGAUAUCAUUUUAGUUAAAGAGAUUGUUUGAUCACGGAUAUAUGCUGCUUGGAUUACUCUAUCAUCAGAAUGACAAGUAAACAGACACAGUUUCGGGCUCUUGACAAACCUCGGAGAUAGCUAACUUAGCUUAAAGCCAAAAAACAAACUAGCGUUAAGCUAACGUUAGUUGAGUUUUCUUUGUUCGUUAUUUUUUGGUGGUUUACGGUCCCGUUGACGUUAAAUUAUCAUCAGGUUUCAUUAACACCAUCAAAAGCUAAAAAGUCUGAACUCAAGUCGAUGUCCAUAUAUGCUAUUUAACGUCAUGAUUCAACGUGGCUCAAGUUAAUAUAGAAUUGGCUUUCACUACUUCGAAUCAAAAGGAUUUCUACUUGAACGAAAAUAAACACUGGACAUAAACUUAACGUUACCUAUAUCAAGGACCUGAAUGGCCUCCGUUGUUGCAGUGAAAACUGAGAAGCGACCUGCAGCUGAUUCUCAGGAUGCAGACUCAAAUGCAAAAAAGCCCAGGAAACUUCUGCCCAGCCUGAAGACCAAGCAAGCCCCCGAGCUAGUCUUGGUGAUUGGCACGGGGGUAAGCUCUGCAGUGGCCCCUCAAGUCCCUGCACUCCGCUCCUGGAAAGGCCUCAUCCAGGCCUUGCUUGAUGCAGCCAAUGACUUUGACCUACUAGAGGAAGAGGAGAGUCGGCGUUUCCAGAAGCACAUGCAGGAAGAUAAGAAUUUGGUUCAUGUGGCCCAUGACCUCAUUCAGAAACUUUCCCCGAGAACAGGCAAUGUGCGAUCAACAUUCUUCAAGGACUGUCUAUACGAGGUGUUUGACAAUUUGGAGUGUAAGAUGGAGCAUGCAGGGAAACAUCUUCUGCGCUCAGUGCUGCAGUUAAUGGAGAGUGGUGCGCUGGUCCUCACUACUAACUUUGACAACCUGUUGGAGAUCUAUGCAGCUCACCAGGGCACCAAGCUGGAGUCUUUGGACCUGACCGAUGAGAAGAAGGUGUUGGAGUGGGCUCAGGAGAAACGGAUGUUAAGUGUUCUGCAUAUCCAUGGUGUUUACACCAACCCCAGUGGUAUUGUACUGCACCCUGCAGGCUACCAGAAUGUACUGAGGAACACUGAAGUUAUGCGGGAGAUCCAGAAGCUGUACGAGACCAAAUCUUUUGUGUUUCUCGGCUGCGGGCGCACAGUAGACGACACAACUUUCCAGGCUCUGUUCUUGGAGGCAGUCAAACACAAGUCGGACCUUGAACACUUCAUGCUGGUACGGCGAGAGGACGUGGGUGAGUUCAAGAAGCUGCGUGACAACAUGCUGGACAAGGGCAUCAAGGUCAUCUCCUAUGGAGACGAGUAUGCCGACCUACCCGAGUACUUUGAGAGGCUGGCCAAUGAGAUCUGCAACCGUGAUGUGUCAACCAACGGCUGGGGGUCUCCUUCACGAAAUGGGGAAGAACAGCAGAACGGCUUUAACACACAGAAAAGCCUCCUUCAAGCCCAUCAUUCUUGACAGGCACAGUCGGGAUCAUUAUCAGUCCUUUUCCUCCACAGCUCCGCCGUGAGAUCAGUGUACUUUGAGUAGUACUAGAGUCUGAUUUCAAUCAAGGGAUUUAAGAAUGCGGGUAAACUAUGGGCCAUGGCAGACCUAAAAGCUGUUGACAGGGUUUCACAGGUGUCUGUGAUUUUCCUUUAUUAGUUCUGCUUUAAAAGGGAAAGGAGAAGCAAGUAAUAGCCAAUAGCCAAACUCACAGUCCCACUGCACUGUAUUUAAAUGUUGCUCAAUGUUUGCGAAUCUACAGUAAAUGAAAGUUUUAAAUAUGCA